UGAGACGAUGGAAAAUGGGAGAAUAUGACAAUGAAGGAAUUGUAGUAGCAGGUGGAAAUGGACAAGGAAAUAAACUUAAUCAACUAAAUUUUCCUGGUUUUAUCUUUGUUGAUGAAGAUCAAUAUAUUUAUGUAUCAGAUACAAACAACCAUCGUGUGAUGAAAUGGAGAAAAGAUUCAGAAGAAGGAAGAAUUGUAGCUGGAGGAAAUGGUGAAGGAGGAGAUCUCAAUCAGUUGUCUUCACCUAAAGGAGUGAUUGUUGAUGAUUUGGGUCAAAUCUAUGUGGCGGAUUGUUGGAAUCAUCGAGUAGUGCGUUGGUGUGAAGGAAAAGCAGAAGGUGAAAUUAUUAUUGGUGGAAAUAUUGAAGGAAAUCAAUCGAAUCAAUUGUAUUGUCCCUAUGGUUUAUGUUUUGAUGAUGAAAGAAAUCUUUAUGUUGCUGAAUCAAAAAGCCAUCGAAUUGAAAAAUUUGAAAUAAUAUCGUGA